AAAACGAGCGUUCCAGAUAGAGGAACAGCUGCUUUGGUUUUGUUUGAGCAGAAGCUCUUAACGCGCAGUAAAUUCUGCAUUUCUCCGUGAGAAGGGUCUGUCCUCACUGUUGUCUGCCUCACAGGAACAAUGACAAACUGCUGUGGUCUGCUCACUGAAAAGAAGGAACCAGUUCCUCUGAAGAGCAUUGAUGCUCAGCUGGAGGUGAAGGACCAUGUAGCUACUCUGGUCUCCACUCUUAACUUCGAGAACAAGGAGGACAAACCUCUGGAGACCGUUUUUGUCUUCCCUCUGCCUGGAGAUGCUGCUGUGUGUCAUUUCAGUGCUCAGAUUGGAGAAACACACAUUGUAGCUGAGGUGAAGGAGAAACAGCAGGCUCAGGAGGAGUAUGAUGAUGCUCUGAGCUCCGGUCAGCAAGCCUUCCUGUUGGAGGAGAGUGAUGAGAGUCCAGAUAUCUUCUCUCUGAAAGUGGGCAGUCUGCCUCCAGGAGAGAGCGCCACCAUCAGGCUGGAGUACGUCACUGAGCUGGCUGUGCAGGCUGAUGAUGGGCUGAGGUUCUGUCUGCCUGCUGUGCUCAACCCUCGAUACCAACCUCAGGGUAGUGAAGGUCCCAGUGUCCAGGUGACCUCAGUUCCAGCCUCUCUGGUGCCCUACAGUCUGUCCUUUUCUGCCCAGGUCUCCUCUCCUCGUCCAAUCUCUAAAAUAGAGUCCAGUUGUUCUCUGGAGCCUCUUCAGUACCUCAACGCUGAUCAAACUCAGGCCACGGUUAAAUUGGGUGCAGGACACAAGUUUGACAGAGACGUUGAGCUACUGAUUUAUUACAAAGACGCCCACCAGCCCUCUGCUGUGGUGGAGGCAGGACAGGCCUCUGCCAAACCUGGCUCUCUGAUGGGUGAUCCAGUGGUGAUGGUCAGCCUUUACCCUGAGUUCCCCCAAUCAGUGAUGUCCUCACUUGCUGCCUGUGGAGAGUUUGUGUUCUUGGUGGAUCGAUCAGGAAGUAUGAGCUGCCCCAUGAAUAACAGCACACCACAAGAAACUCGUAUUAGCAGUGCAAAGGACACUCUGCUGCUCCUGUUGAAGAGUUUACCAAUGGGCUGCUACUUCAACAUCUACAGUUUUGGAUCCUCCUUUGAACACAUCUUUCCUACGAGUGUGGAGUACAGUGAGAAGACCAUGAAGGAGGCUCUGGAAAAGGUUAAAAUGGGGGCUAAUCUUGGAGGAACAGAAAUUCUUCAGCCUCUCAAACACAUUUACAGCCAAGCCUGCAUUCCCAAACAUCCUCGGCAGGUGUUUGUCUUCACUGACGGAGAGGUGGGAAACACCAAAGAAGUUACUGAUCUUGUUAAGAAGAAUGCAGGCUCCCACAGGUGUUUCUCUUUUGGGAUUGGAGAAGGAGCCAGCUCUGCUCUCAUCAACGGGAUGGCCAAAGAGGGCGGAGGUCACGCUCAGUUCAUCACAGGGGCUGACAGGAUGCAACCAAAGGUGAUGCAGUCACUCAGGUUUGCACUGCAGCCAGCUGUGGAGGACAUUUCUGUCUCCUGGGGUUUACCAAAGGGAGUGUCUGCCACCGUUCUGUCUCCACCAAUUAAAGCAAUAUUUCAGGGUCAGAGGUCACUGAUUUAUGCUCAGCUUACAGGACAGAGUUCAGAGGAAGCAGUUUGCAGUGUGACAGUGAAGUACAGCCUGGCAGGUCAUCCCUCUCAGAACCAGCUGCACUUCAAACUAAAACCUGCAGAGGACUCUGGAUUAACAGUCCACAGGCUGGCUGCUCGCACUGUGAUUCGCUCACUGGAGUCAGAGGAGAGGACACGAAGAGGACAGCAGGAUGAAGAAGNUUCAAAACUCUCAAAAUGA